CUCAGCAUGGGUCGCCUGGAGCUCACCGUCGUGGGCCUCGCCUGCUGCUUGGCCGUGGCCAGUGCCGCAAAGCUGGGCCCGGUGUACACAGAAGGAGGGUUCGUGGAAGGUGUCAACAAGAAGCUCAGCCUUUUGGGCGGUGACUCUGUGGACGUCUUCAAGGGCAUCCCCUUUGCCACCGCCAAGACCCUGGAGAAGCCGCAGCGGCAUCCUGGCUGGCAAGGGACUCUGAAGGCCAAGGACUUCAAGAAGCGAUGCCUGCAGGCCACCAUCACCCAGGACAGCACUUACGGGCAGGAAGACUGCCUCUACCUCAACAUCUGGGUUCCCCAGGGCAGGAAGCAAGUGUCCCAGGACCUGCCUGUGAUGGUCUGGAUCUACGGCGGUGCCUUCCUCAUGGGGGCCGGGCAUGGGGCGAAUUUCCUCAACAUCUACCUGUAUGACGGGGAGGAGAUUGCCACCCGUGGCAACGUCAUCGUGGUCACCUUCAACUACCGCGUCGGCCCCCUGGGCUUCCUCAGCACCGGGGAUGCCAACCUGCCAGGGAACUACGGCCUUCGGGAUCAGCACAUGGCCAUUGCCUGGGUGAAGAGGAACAUCGCGGCCUUUGGGGGGGACCCCAACAACAUCACCAUCUUUGGGGAAUCAGCUGGGGGUGCCAGCGUCUCCCUGCAGACCCUGUCCCCCUACAACAAAGGCCUCAUCCGGAGAGCCAUUAGCCAGAGCGGUGUGGCACUGAGCCCCUGGGCUAUCCAGCGCAACCCACUCUUCUGGGCCCAAAGGGUCGCUGAGAAGGUGGGCUGCCCCACGGACGAUACCGCCAGGCUGGCCCAGUGUCUGAAGAUUACAGACCCCCGGGCCCUGACUUUGGCCUACAGAUUGCCCUUGGUAGCUCAGGAGUAUCCGAUAGUGCAGUAUCUGGGCUUUGUCCCUGUCGUGGAUGGAGACUUCAUCCCCGAUGACCCGCUCAACCUGUUCUCCAACGCUGCUGACAUCGACUACUUAGCAGGCACCAACAGCAUGGAUGGCCACCUAUUCGCCACCAUCGACAUGCCAGCCGUCGACAGAUUCUACAAAAACAUCUCGGAGGAGGACUUCUACUGGCUGGUCAGUGGGUUCACCACGAGCAAGGGGCUGGAUGGCGCCCGGGCCGCCUUUGAUGUCUACACUGAGCGGUGGGCUCAGGACCCAUCCCAGGAGACCAAGAAGAAGACCGUGGUGGACCUGGAGACCGACGUUCUCUUCCUGAUUCCCACGGAGACAUCCCUGGCCCAGCACAGAGCCACUGCCAAGAGUGGCAGGACCUACGCCUACCUCUUUUCUAUGCCCUCUCGGAUGCCCAUCUACCCCAAAUGGAUAGGGGCUGACCACGCAGAUGACAUCCAGUACGUCUUUGGAAAGCCCUUCGCCACCCCCCUGGGAUACCGGGCUCAAGACAGGACCCUCUCCAAGGCCGUGAUCGCCUACUGGACCAACUUUGCCCGCAGUGGGGACCCCAACGUGGGCCACUCCGUUGUACCCACUCACUGGUACCCCUACACCACGGAGAAUGGCAACUACCUGAACAUCACCAGCACGCUAGACAGCAGCUCCAUGAAGGAGCACCUGAGGACCAAGUUUCUGCAGUUCUGGGCCCUGAACUACCAGGCGCUGCCCACCGUGGUUGCCAGGGCAACCCUUGUGCCUCCUGUGGACGACUCUGAAGCUGUCCCUGUGCCUCCUGCGGAUGGCUCCCAGGCCCCUCAGGCCCCUCAGGCCCCCUCAAUGCCUGUAGCCAUUGGCUUCUAGUGUCCAUGUGUCUGGUCCCAAGUGGCCAAAGGUUGGGUUCCCUGGGCUGCCUCCUCUUCUGAGCUCUUCCUGAAUAAAACCCAUCUCUCUUCAUCUAGCCUUUG